GGAGCAGUACAAGCUCGCAAUAAUGCUCGUAUUGUGUUCACUGGAUCUUUGGAUAUGUUCUCAGAUGCCUUCGUAAGCGCACAUGUGCACCAGUUUGCCAAAGGAGAAUCAUCUACUCGAUCAGGAAAUCUGCAACUGAUUACUGCCCUCUCAAAGUGGGUAUUGAAUGAAAAUGGUGUUCUACGCGUGAAGAAGGUCGAGCAUCAUCUGGUUGGAAGUAGCAAGAUCCUUCCAAGGGAGUACACCAUACUGGAUGAAGUUGUCUCUGUUCGUCCAUUGCUGCACACUCAGUACGAGAGAUUCAUCAGAUCUGCUUAUCCUUACUAUGCAUCAUCAUUCUCUAUGAUGGUAGGCGUUGUGCUGUUCUCAUUCGUGUUCCUGUACUACAGGGAACCAGCCAAAGUGACGACAACAACUACCAAGAAAACGAAUUAG